AUGGCAGAAGAGGUGGUUGAUGCAGGGGCAGCAUCAAGGCAAUUUCUCAUGAGACAGGAAAUUGCAAGACUGUGGGAGCUUUUCUCACGCGCUUCGCCGACACAUGGGGAUGCCGGCUGGAAAGUGGUGUUUGAAGAAAUGGAGACACAACUGGAAUUUUCUGAGAAGUUCAGAGACUGCAGAACUGUUUUUCAAGAAGAAGAAGAAGAGGAGAAGAGAAACAGAGAAGAAGCAAGGGGGCAGAAGGCUGCUGGGCGGCAAAGGAUUAGGGACAGAGGAGGAUAUCAGAAUAGAAAACCAGAGAACAAGAAGAGAAGAAAGAAGAAGCAACAGCAGAGAGGAAGCAGAAGUUACAGAAAAAAGGAGAGAAGGAAAGAAGAAGAAGAGGAGGAAAAGAAGCAGCAACUGGGGGGGAGGGAGAAGUUACAGAACAGAAGAGGAGAAGGGAAGAAGAAGUUGCAGCAGAGGGAGAUAGAAGUUGCAGAAUUUUUGGGGGGGGGGGGGGGAGGAAGAAGAAAAGGAAAGGGGAAAGAAGAUGAUUGA